GAACAGCGCCCAUGUUGUCCACCUGCGUCGGGCAGCAGGUCACCGCGCACUUCGGUGGGCUGCGAUUUCGCAGUGUGCAUGCAUGCGGAAGUGGGACGUUCUGCGCGGGGUCCGCCCUGCCCCGGGCGCGGGCCACGCAACUGUCGAAGCGAGGGGCGGCGGCCCCAGGGCCGCAGUGCUGUAGGGGCAUGGUGACGGUACUGCGAGUGGCGCGUGUCGUGUACGCUUCCGGAUGUGGCGGCCAUCAGGUGCGUUGUGCCGCGUACGGUGGGGGAGUGGUGGCUGCGUCUGGUCUUUGUCGCGUGAGUUUUGUGUGCCGCUGGGCCUGUCGCCACGGUGGUGGCUUUCGCUGUCGCGUGGGUGUGCUUCACCCCGAGAUGGCGGGGGCGGGGAGGUGCGGUCGCGGCCACACCGCGGGGUUCCGGAUUUUUUGUUGUGCGCAGGCGAGCGCCACGUGCGGGCGUGGGCCGUUUCUUGCGGUGGUGCGCGCCUCCGUCGUUCUUCUUGCGGAGGCGACGGUGUUUGCAUGGCAUUUGCUUGCCUUUAUGUUUGUUUCGCGGCACACCUCUGAGGCGGGGCUGCGGAUUUGCUUACGGCGUUCUUGUCUUUUACUUUCUGGUGUGAGUUGGGUGAGCAUACGUAACUGCCACCUCAUCGCGAGUGAGGACCUUGCGGUCGUUUAUGUCGUGACGCUGUUUGAAGACGGCAAUGAGUUGAGGGAUGAUCAAACCAACAUCCUGGUGCGUUGUGCCGAUACCUCGUAUCUCUAG